AUGAAGUUUGGAUCUGCUGCAGUGAAGGCAGCCGGCGAAGGCCUGGCGGCGUUCUCGGCCGGCCUCGCGCGCCGGCUCGCCGACAAGGACGCCUACAGCAGCAACCUCGUCUUCUCGCCGCUCUCCAUCUACAGCCCUCUCGCGCUCGUGGCCGCCGGCGCCCGGGGCACCACCCUGGACGAGCUCCUCCGCGUGCUGGGCGCGCGCUCCCAGGGAGAGCUCGCCGAGUUCCUGCCCCGCGCGGCGGCGCUGAUGCGCGACCGCUCGGCAGCUGGCGGCCCCCGCGUGGCGUCGGCGUGCGGCGUGUGGAGCGACAAAUCUUGCCCGCUCAAGCCGGGAUUCGUCGAGUCCGUCUCCGUCUCCGGGAACACGGAGAUGGCCGCCGUCGACUUCCAAAAGAACGCAAGGGGGGCGUGCCGGCGGAUCAACGCGUGGGCGAAGCGCGUGACCCACGGCCUCAUCGACGACGUCGUCGGGCCGGGCUCGGUGAAGAAGGAGACCCUCGUCGUGCUCGGCAAUGCCGUGUACUUCAAGGGCAAGUGGGAGCAGCCCUUCGACAAGACGCGCACGGCGCACGAGCCGUUCCGGCUGCUGGGCGGUGGCGCUGGCUGCGAGGUCGACGUGCCAUUCAUGCGGAGCCGGAAGGCACAGUUCGUGGCCGUGCACCGCGGGUUCAAGGUGCUCAAGCUCCGCUACAAGAUGCGCAGUUCUCGAUGUGCAUCUUCCUCGUUCUCGAUGUGCAUCUUCCUCCCGGACGCCGAUGACGGCCUUCCUGGCCUCAUCGAAUCCAUCGCCUCCCGGCCCAGCUUCCUGCACGAGCACCUGCCAUGCCGGCCGGUCCACGUCGGCAAGUUCCGGGUGCCGAGGUUUAAGCUCUCCUUCCACGACAGCCUCGUCGCUGUCCUCCAGCAGUUGGGCCUCGUGCUGCCGUUCAGCGGCAUGGCCGACUUCUCCGACAUGGCGGUGUGCGCGAUUAAGCUGGACGAUGUCGUCCACAAGGCACUGCUAGAGGUGAACGAGGAAGGCACCAAGGCGGCCGCCGUCACCAUGGUCCGCGGGUUGCUCGGGUGCGCUCCUGGCGCCAGGCCACCGCCACGGGUGGACUUCGUCGCCGACCACCCGUUUGCGUGCUUCAUCGUGGAGGAGAACACCGGCGCCGUCGUCUUCGCCGGACAUGUCAUUGAUCCCUCGAGAGAGAAGUAUGUACGUGCAAAAACUAUCUCAAAGUUCAGCAUCCAUGUGGACGAAUUUCCCCCGAGGGUUGACGCAGCGGGCGAGGGCCUGGCGGCGCUCUCGGCCGGACUCGCGCGCCGCCUCGCCGACAAGGACGCCUACAGCAGCAACCUCAAUACGGAGAUGGCCGCCGUCGACUUCCGUGGAGACGCGAAAGGGGCAUGUCGGCGGAUCAACGCGUGGGCGGCGCGCGUGACCCACGGCCUGAUUGACGGCGUCCUCGGGCCGGACUCGGUGACGGAGGAGACCCUCGUGCUCGGCAACGCUGUGUACUUCAAGGGCAGAUGGGGCCAGCCCUUCAACAAGAGGCGCACCAUCGUCCGGCCGUUCCGGCGGCUGGGCGGUGCCGGCGAGGUCGAGGUGCCGUUCAUGCGGAGCCGGAAGCCCCAGUUCGUGGCCUUGCACCGCGGGUUCAAGGUGCUCAAGCUCCGCUACAAGAUGGCGAUUCCGGCGCCUCUAGCAGCGGCGAUCCCUGACAGGACUCAGUUCUCAAUGUGCAUCUAACUCCCGGACGCCGAUGAUGGCCUUCCCAGCCUGAUCGACUCCAUUGCCUCCCAGCCCAGCUUCAUGUGCGAUCACUUGCCACGCCGGCGGGUCGAUGUCGGCAAGUUCCGGGUGCCGAGGUUUAAGCUCUCCUUCCACGACAGCCUUGUCGCCGUCCUCCGGCAGCCGGGCCUGGUGCUGCCAUUCAGCAACGUGGCCGACUUCUCCGACAUGGCAGGGUGCCCAAUCAAGCUAGACGAGGUCGUGCACAAGGCGGUGCUGGAGGUGAACGAGGAAGGCACCAAAGCGGCCGCUGUCACCAUUGUCCGCGGGUUGCGCGGGUGUGCUCCUAGGGCCAAGCAGCCGCCACCGCCACGGGUGGACUUCGUGGCCGACCACCCGUUCGCGUACUUCGUCGUGGAGGAGAACACCGGCACCGUCGUCUUCAACGGCCACGUCGUUGAUCCCUACCGGCACCGUCGUCUUCGCCGGCCACGUCGUUGA